AUGAGAGAUGAGGCUGCGGAGACCGAGACCCAGGCUGGAGGCUCGCAGGUCAUUUUCACCAAUCCGCUGGAAAUUGUGAAGAUCCGUUUGCAAGUAGCUGGAGAGAUUACUACUGGCCCCCGUGUCAGUGCCCUGACUGUUCUCCGAGACCUGGGCUUCUUUGGCCUUUAUAAGGGCGCCAAGGCAUGCUUCCUUCGUGACAUCCCGUUCUCUGCUAUCUACUUCCCCUGUUAUGCCCAUUUGAAGAGCACCUUCGCAGCUGAAGAUGGCAGGGUGAGCCCUGGCUACCUCCUCCUGGCUGGUGCCAUCGCCGGUAUGCCGGCUGCAUCUCUGGUGACUCCUGCUGAUGUCAUCAAAACUCGACUGCAGGUCGCUGCUCGGGCUGGUCAGACCACCUACACGGGGGUCAUAGACUGUUUCAGAAAAAUCCUGCAGGAGGAAGGUCAUCGUGCACUAUGGAAGGGAGCUGGAGCUCGUGUGUUCAGGUCCUCGCCGCAGUUUGGUGUGACGCUGGUGACAUACGAGUUAUUGCAGCGAUGGCUCUACGUAGAUUUUGGUGGAGUGAAGCGACCUGGUUCAGAUCCGGUUCCCAAAUCCCGAAUCACAUUGCCAGCCCCGAACCCAGACCACGUCGGAGGAUAUAAACUUGCCGUAGCCACUUUUGCUGGAAUCGAAAGCAAAUUUGGACUGUACCUUCCACGAUUCCAGGCCCCACCAUCUACCUCUGUCGCUUCUAAAGCCUGAAGACUGUGGCAAGUCACAUGAGACCACUCAAUGCAGUUCUGUCAUAUUUUACCAUAUGUUCCCCUAUUUCCAUGGAAUAAUUUCCACACACGUCUUUUAUUCCAUAAUCUGUUUCAUGAAAGUUUUUAGAACUUUAUAGAGUUUCUUUUAUGUGCAAUCUUUCUUUUUUUCUUAAAGUAUAUCUAAAG